AUGGAGGCCGGUCAUGGAGGCGCCGCCGUGGCCAACAGUACUCUCAGCAUCCCGGGCAUACUCCAUGCCGCUGGCGAGAGCAGAGAUGACUUGCUUGUACUCGCAUCAUUGGCAUCCAAUGCUGCCGACGCUUCGGACGCGGCGCGGGCUCUGCUGCAGGCUACUUGCAGGCUCCAGAGAAGCGUUGACGUUGUUUGCAACUUGAUGCGGCAACUGCGAGCGAGCAAGAAACGGCCGUCUCCUGUCGUCUCGAAUGGGGCAAUACCAGACCAGACCCGGAUACGCAUGUUGCAAGAGGACCCAGCGCCCCUAGCCGUCUUGGAAAAACACAUGAUCACAUGCGUCGCCGACACCAAGCGCGUCAUCCACGGAUUUCGCUACUCACUUUCAGUCUAUAAUCAGCCCAAGGACCCGAAGCAAGGAUUGGAGGAUCGACGAGCGGCUCUUGAGGCAGCUCUAAUCCAGCUGGCUCAGAGAAUCAUUCUGCGUGAACAGGCUCUCACGCAACACCUCGUCGGGCUUGGCUGUUAUGUUGAUCACUUGGUCUCGCCCAGCUCGACUUCUAGUGGGAACAGCGAGCAUGGCGGAGGACAUGUUAACAAUGACGAAACCACGCACAAGGCUGGACCUUCAGCUUCCAGACAUGAGAGUGUGGCGGCUCGUACCGGAGGAAGGUGUCUCAAAGAUGAGACCGUGACCAUCCGCGAUCAAUCACCCUCGACUGUUGACAGUAUGGUAAACCGCAGCGGUGACAAUAGUGUCCAUACAAAGAGCAGCCUCGAGACCACCGUCAACGGAACCGCUUCCCCUCUCUCGGAUUCGAUAUCGGUAGAUUCGACUGGCACCGUCAAUGUUUCUGGUCGAAAAAUGAAAGCUUCCCCCGACAAGAAAAAAAGUGCUUCCUUGUCACGCAGGCUGGCCGAGCUCAGCCUCAGCAGAUCUGGUGAUAGCGCCGAGACCCAAAUAAACAGCGAACAGCAUCGGUACGAAUAUUACUAUACCUGCGAUGCCCUUGGUGGCAUCGACGACGGAGCGGAUGAGCUUGAAGAUGGGUCGUUGAGCUGCAGGUACUGUGGAAUACGAUUUAUACAUGACGAUGAGAUGACGGCGUAUCGCCUGGGUGCCCACCUCGUGCGCGCCCAUUCCUUCGGCCUGUGCAAUCUCAAUUGCACUUUCUCUUCGCAGGAAGCUCUUAUGGAGCAUCUAUACUCGUUCCACGGCUGGUCGAGGAUGUCGCAGGACCGAGAGGUCAUUGAUCACUGGUUCCGAAGACAAAAGGAAGCCGGGGUGCCACUGGAACGUGGCUGGAGAUUGCUCACCUUGGAAGACGGUGACGCCCAGCCCCUACGUGGCUUAAGAGAGACACGGGAGGAGACGGGAUUGUUGCAGUUGCAGGUUCUCAACACCAUUUUGUUGGCGGCAGACCUGAACAUCAGCAUGCUCCCUGAGAAGCCGGAAGCUACACCACCACCACCCACCGAGGGUUCAGUUGCAUUCGACGCAGGGCAGGUACCGAUGGCACAUCGACUCUGCCAGGCGCUCACAAGCUUGGACAAACUCGCUGUUGCAGAGAUGGAUGCUCCGAAAGCAGCAGCCGAACCACAAAGCCCCAAAACAUCGAAUGGAUCCACUGCCAAACGCAGGAGUGGCGUGGGUCUGGAGGACCUGAUGUACCAUGCGGCAUGUGUGCAACAGGAAAUGGCCAUCACAAGCGGCGUUGGCGAUGAAGAUAUACUGCGGCACGAGGCGCUCUACACAGCUGAACAGUACAAAUUGGACGACCUGGUUUGCAUGUACUUUCCGCCAAGAGCAUCACCGGCAGCCGAGAGGCAUAGAGUCUGGCAUGUGCGUGUCGCAACCGACGAAGGUGGCGACAGAAAGGCUAAGAUGCGAGCUCAGAAACUCUGCAGUAUCGAGGGCUUGGGCAUCAAGCGCAUAGAGUCCAAUCGGCCACUUCGAUCCUUCAGGGACGCAGUGCGUGUGCUCGGUCGUGCGCAUAUGGACCAGUCUGGUGCGACGGGUUACAUCGGUAUCAUGCCUCAGGUUCUGAAAGCAGCGGGGCUGCUUCUUUGGCAGGAAGGUCGUUCGCCGGAAGCAUUUCGGCCGGGAACAUACGUUCCUCUCAACGCGGAAAAUCUUAGAAUUCAUACGGAAUUGCAACAGCGAGAUACGCACCCGCUUGCCAAUUCGCCAGCGCAGCGAAGGUUCCGCUGGGUCUCGGGCGAGCGGCUGGACUGGUGGUUUCUCGGCAUGGUGGAGAGGUCGGCCUCGUUUCGCCGACUUGUCAAGAGCGGCAGAGCUUUCCCUCCAGGUCCGCCGGGUGUACCCCUUUCAGAGAUGUCAAGGGCUCACAAAAGCAAUUCCGUCAAAGACUGUCUAGCAGCUGAUGCAUCGAAAGCCCGACUGACGCCUUAUGGGUGGGCAGUAAGCCUACUCAGCUCAGCUGGACUGCCCCAAGGAAAGGCAGCUGUCAACGGCGUUCGCAGCGUGGGUGGAGAGGCGAGAAGCAUUAGGAACGUCAACGGGGUUAUGGGAGCUACUAGAGAUUCAGCACCGCAACAGGCGUUGGUUGCUGCACUAGCAGCCCAUCAACAGCAGCAACGGCGCCAACAGAACAUGAACAGCAGCCACCCGUCACAGGAGCGCAUGGUCAAGCGGCCGCAAACCCCCGACAUCAGCAUGGUUGGUGCUGAUUACGGAACGUGCUCUGGCAUGUCAGUUGAGGGAUCUGACAGUUCAUCACAGUGCAGCCAAACCCCAGAAUACAGAAAUGGUUCGCAAACACUUCAGCAGACAGUAGAACACGACAGAUCCAGACCAGACUUGAUUGCAGGGACGGUGAAAGCUCCGGCUAUCGCCGCAGACCCAAUUGCAGAAGAGGAGGAUGAAUCUGAGGACGAGGACGAAGACGAGGAUGACGACGAGGACGACGACCAAGAAGAGACAGGAGACGACGAAGACGAGAUAACAUCUGAUUCAUCAACGACUUCUUCAGAAUCAAACUCCUAG